CACAAUUGUGUUAUUUAUGUGUUAUGUAUUAUUUUUAUAAGAUUACAUUACUGAUCAUUAUUAAUUCUUCUUUCACUUCUCAAUUUUCACAGCACCCACCCAGACACAAGCUUUAGAUGGUAGGGAUUAUGUCUGAGUUGUUAACUGAUGUAUUGCAGAACUAAGUAACAGAUAUUAAUAUUUCUUUGAAUGAAGGAAUGAGAAAUUGUAGUUGCAUGGUUUUCUGAAUACAUCAUCUCUCCCCAAACCAAUUCCAAACUCCGAAUAACUGGCGUCUUUAUAGAGAAUACAUUUGCUGUGAUUCUCUAAAAUAUCGCAUGGUGGCGCUGCAGGCUAAGGCGUCAAAAACCAAAAAAGUCAGCUCUGAGGAGCUCUAUCUCAGAUCUCUAGCCCGAGGAAAGUCUGUGAGCUGAGCUCAAGACCAGUAAGUCUCUAGCAAAUGCUGCCCAUCGACAUUUCCGGAGAGGUUACCGACUGAGAGAUCCUUCACUGUCUCAGUCCCCUGGCGCACUAAGACAGAACUAGCCACUGUUUCUGGAAAGUUGCUUGCAGAAAGUAAAGAUGGAUACCAAAGGGGAGAGCUUUCCUAAACAAAGGCAAGUCUUUAUUCUUUGUUUCUUGCUGGGAGAGGCUCUGGCAGGUUGGGAAUCCCGCCGCUAUUCCGUGAUGGAGGAAACAGAGAGCAGCUCCUUAGUGGCCAACCUGGCCAAGGACCUGAGGCUGGGAGUGGAGGAGCUAGCUGCACGGGGCGCCCGGGUGGUCUCUGAGGAUAACCAGCUCGCCUUGCAGCUUGAUCUGCAGACUGGGGAGUUGAUAUUAAAUGAGAAACUGGACCGGGAGAAAAUGUGCGCCACCGAUCCUUGCAUAAUGCAUUUCCAAGUGUUACUGAAAAAACCAAUGGGAGUAUUUCAAGCUGAGCUACUAGUAAGAGAUAUAAACGAUCAUUCUCCUGAGUUUCCUGAAAGAGAUAUGGCGGUGAAAAUUCCAGAGAACAGCGCUCCUGGCACUGUGUUUUCUUUGAAAAAAGCCCAAGACCUAGACGUGGGCAACAACAACAUCCAAAACUACAAUAUCAGCCCCAACUCUCAUUUCCAUGUUUUCACCCGCAAUCGGGGGGAUGGUAGGAAAUACCCAGAGCUGGUCCUGGACAAAGAGCUGGAUAGAGAGGAACAGGCAGAAUUCAAAUUAACCCUCACAGCGCUGGAUGGCGGCUCUCCACCUAGAUCUGGCACCGCCCAGGUCCACAUCUCAGUUUUGGAUGUCAAUGACAAUGCCCCUGAGUGUGCACAGGGGCUCUACCAGGUGCGAGUCCCAGAGAACAGCCCUGUGGGGGCGCUGGUUGUCAAGGUGUCUGCUAAUGAUUUAGACACUGGGACAAAUGGAGAGAUAGCAUACUCCCUUUUUUAUAGUUCACAGGAGUUAAGCACAACUUUUGAGCUGAACAGUCUUUCAGGAGAAGUUCGACUUAUUAAACAACUAGAUUUUGAGACAAAAUCCUCCUAUGAGCUGGAUAUAGAGGCAACUGAUGGUGGGGGGCUUUCUGGAAAAUGCUCUGUCUCCAUUGAGGUAACAGAUAUUAAUGACAACUUCCCAGAAAUAACUGUUUCAUCACUUACCAGUCCUAUUCCUGAAAAUUCCCCUGAGACCGAAGUGGCUUUGUUUAGGAUUCGGGACCGAGACUCAGGGGACAACGGGAGGAUGAUUUGCUUCAUACAGGAUGAUCUCCCCUUCUUCCUGAAACCAUCUCAAGAGAAUUUCUAUACCCUAGUAACAAAUGCGGCGCUGGACAGAGAAAGGCAGGCCGAGUACAACAUCACGAUCACCGUCACGGACUUGGGCACCCCCAGGCUGAGGACCCAGCACCACAUCACCGUGCUGGUGUCCGACGUGAACGACAACGCCCCCGCCUUCAGCCAGAGCGCCUACACGCUGCUGGUGCGCGAGAACAACAGCCCCGCGCUGCACAUCGGCAGCGUGCGCGCCACCGACGCCGACGCGGGCUCCAACGCGCAGCUCACCUACUCGCUGCUGCCCGCCGGCCGCGCGCACCCGCCGCCCGCCGCGCUCGUGGCCGUCAACGCCGACACCGGCCAGCUGUUCGCGCUGCGCUCGCUCGACUACGAGGCGCUGCGCGCCUUCGACUUCCUGGUGGGCGCCACGGACCGCGGCUCGCCCGCGCUCAGCGGCCAGGCGCGGGUGCGCGUCGUGGUGCAGGACGCCAACGACAACGCGCCCUCCGUGCUCUACCCGCCGCCCAACGCCUCGGCGCCCUGCCCCGAGCUGGUGCCGCGCGCGGCCGACGCGGGCUACCUGGUCACCAAGGUGGUGGCGGUGGACGGCGACGCGGGCCAGAACGCCUGGCUGUCGUUCCAGCUGCUCAGGGCCACGGAGCCCGGGCUGUUCGGCGUGUGGGCGCACAACGGCGAGGUGCGCACCGCCAGGCCGCUGGGCGAGCGCGACGCGCCCAAGCACCGGCUGGUCGUGCUGGUCAAGGACAACGGCGAGCCGCCGCUGUCGGCCAGCGUCACGCUGCACGUGCUGCUGGUCGACGGCUUCUCGCAGCCCUACCUGCCGCCGCCCGACGCGCCGCCGCCCGCCGCGCAGGCCGACCGCCUCACCGCGUCCCUGGUGGUGGCGCUGGCCGCCGUGUCGUCGCUCUUCCUCCUGUGCGCGCUCGCCUUCGCGGCCGCGCGCCUGUGCGGGAGGCGCGGGGCCGGCGCGCGCGCGGGCUCGCUGGGGCCCGACGGCCCCUUCCCGGGCCGCCUGGUGGACGUGGGCGGCGCCGGGACGCUGUCCCACAGCUACCAGUAUGAGGUGUGCCUGACGGGGGGCUCAGGGACCAACGAGUUCAAGUUCUUGAAGCCUGUCUUCCCUAAUAUGUAGGUCAAGACUUUGGGAGAAAAUCUGUAAAAUCCAAUCUUCCAGAAUAGUUUAGCUAUCUGGAACUUUCCCACUGCCUACAUUAUUUGUUUCCUUCACCUUUACGUUUCUUCUUUCAACCCUAUAGUAAUCUUUAAUUCUAAUUGCUUUUCUUUUAACUCUACUAUUUUCUUUAAUAAUCUUACUCUUUGUUUUAUAUUCUGGUUGCCUUGUAAUUAUUUUACUAAAUAAGGUAUUGUUAGUAAAAAUUUCUAUCAGGAAAUGUCAUAAUUGUGAUUAAAUUUUUAGUACUCAUUUCUAAAGGACAAUAUGUAAGUUAACUUCUCAAAAUACAUCACUCUAAUUUUAAAAUUUAAAAUUCUAAAUUAAAUUUUUUUUUGUGUGUGUGGGACCCUCGCCGGCUUCCUGGGAACGAACUGGCGCUGCAGAGGCUGUGGGCAGCCCUGCAGCCCAGCGCUCAACCUUUGCACCACCAGGGGAGGCCCCCUCUAAAUUUAAAAUUUGUCACAUAUGACAAAAGAUGCCUGAUUUCUUAUCACACUUUAUUUUGAAAUUAAAAGACUUUCAGUUUUUAUUAUUUACACAGCUAUGACUUUUCUACAACGCUUUUCUGUCUAGGAUGGAAUAAUUAUUACUUAUCAUGUUCAGUUUCUUCCAAACUUUGAAAGUUCAUCUCACCACUAGGCAGCAAUGUGUAUCAUUUCAUGAUAUUUAUUUUAAAGUCACACCGUUAAUCAUUAGACUCACUCUAAUAUUUAUCAUCUACUCUUCUAGUUUAAAAAUACUGAAAGACUUAUGAGUCUUCCUUAUAUCUAACUGAAGUUAGGAUUCUGCUUGGAGUCCUGAACAGACUACUAAUACUGAGAUUGACAGUUUUUACAGUGUGCCUAUAUACUCAAGGUCAGUAGACUCUAGGACCAAGUAAUACAUUACUUGCAAUUACCCUGUGCUAUUGGUGAAAAAUUCUCAAGUGAGCUCCAAUUUAUGGGCCUAGCAGAGUUUUUGAUGGCACAGCAUGCCACAAAUCUACUUGCCUUUGUAUGACCUUGUUCUAGUUGACUUUGAAAGACAAUAAAUAGUUGGAGUUAUAGUUAACCAAGGAAGACUUAUUCUUUAAAGGGUAUGGUAGUGAGACGGUUGUAUGAUUUGAAGAAAUAAUCAGGUCUGUUGUCAGAAUCCUCUACCACCAGGGGUUUUUUAAUUUUGCAGAUGCUAUAGAAUGGUGUGGUGGGCAGAAUUCUGUCCCCUAAAAAUGUCCACAUUCUAAUCCCUGGAACCUGUAAUGUUAUGUAUUGCAAUGGGACUCACACAAGGAGCUCAGAAGGUUCUGUGAAAUGCCAUACCAGCAGAAAUAUUAGCUUGAACUGAAAGGAACAGAGAAUUAAAUAAGAGAAUGCUAUUGUACCCCAAAUCCUAUAAGUAAGAAACAGACUGAUUAAAAACUACUUAGGUCCAAAUAUCUCCUGGCCUAUUUUGAAACAAUUUAAUUUAUGAGACUGUGGUCCUCCAAAUGCAAUGUCUACAACCUUUGGAUUUAGGCCAUGAGUGGGAAAAAAAUAUGAAGAAAGAAAAUUUUGUUAGAACAACCAUAAUAUCCUCACAAAGUUACUCAUCUCUUUUGCUAAGUUGUUAGCAACUCUGCUAGUGAAGACAUACUUAAAGGAUUGCUGUGAGACUUAAAAGCAGGGAAUGGAAAAGAAAUAGGAAAAAACAAAUGGUCCUGACCAAUUCUUAGCCAUGAGAAAGGAGAUAUGACUCACCCCAUAGUAUCAUAUGAUAGACUUGGAUGGUAACUUUUUUUUUUUUUGGUAACUUUUUUUUUUACUAAAAACUAACACAGGAUUAAAAAGAAAACAGAACUACUUAGCUGAAAACACAUACAACUUCUCAUUAAAAAUGGAGGAUGACUUAGAGGACAAAACUUGUAACACUGAGGAGGAAGCUUCAAACCCAGGCCUUGAAAGCAAAUAGUUUUCCUGGCAGUAUUUCUAUAUUUCUGGAGCAAGUAACACCAUUUCACUUUCCAUUUUCUCUUUUUGAACUGGAUUGUCUGUAACUAUUACCCUGACCAUCAUUGUACAGUAUGGAAAGUAGUUUCUUCAGUGUCACUGAUCCACAGAUGCAGAGGAAUUAUGUGAGGAUUAAUAGCCACAUCUCACCCAUACCUAAUUUAGAAAAUUUGAUGAUGAAAGUUGGAAUUUCUGAGUUGAUGAGAUUUAGAUGAAAUUAUGAACUUAGUUGAUACUGUAAUGAAGUGAGAUCUCUGGGGACUUGGGAUAUAUGUAUUUUUAUGUAGGGUGGAUGUGAAUCACUGGAGACCUGAAGGUGGAGGGUGGGCUGUGGUAGGGAGAAUAACGUGUCCACAAAGUAUCCAUGUUCUAAUUUCUGAAACCAGUGAAUAUCUUUAGUCUAUUUUCCUUUUUCUAACAUGGGUAUUGAAUUGAAGCAGCAAAAUUGUAACCAUGAGAUGAAUACCAUCAAACAAAGGUCUAUAUACUAAGUGUGGUAAAAUGAAAAGUCCUUAGAUUUCUUAUAAGGAUGUUAAAUUGAUGCAACAAUUCCACAUUAUUAUCUUCCAGGCUUUAUGUUGCAUGAUAUAAAUAAACCCUUAUGUGAUUAAGCAACUGUAAUUGGGUUUUCUGUUCAUUAAAGACAAUGCAUUCCAAACUGAUAUAUCUUUCCACCUCACAAGUAAGGUUAAUUUACAGUUGUCUAAGUAGGUCACAGGAUGCAGGAUGUGCUUGUAGGAAGAAUCAUUUUGAUUUCCCUUAAAGGUUAUCAAGAGAGUCCUCUGAGCAACUGAGGCUGACUUUAUAUCUUUAUUCAGUCACUCCUCAACUUGCUAAUACAAACAUACACAGAUAAUUGAGUUUUCAAAGGAAAUUUUCUAGCUAACAGCAACUCAAAAGUUGAGUUUUAGAGAACAGAAUGAGAAGGUGAGCUGAUAAGUGCCUAUGCUUUUAAACCUGCCCUAUUGGUGUCCUGACAAGACGACUAGGAUGUUUAUGCAGCAAUCUGGAACACUGGUUUCCCUAUCAGGCAGGGUCAUAGUAGGAUCAAAAUUCUUACUUAGUAAAAUAAACGGACUAGUUAUGAGUCCUGAAAAUCUUCAUAAACAAGUCAGCAAUCUACAUGUUUUGCUAGAAUAUGCCUGGGGGAAGGAUCAGAAAUUCCUUAUGCCCUUUCAGUACAUGGAGAUGCGUGAUUUGCAACAGGCCCAGAGAUCCAUGUGCCAGUAUCUACUAUUUGUUUCCUAUAUUACUUUAUCAGUACUUUAGUGGGAAAGCACUGAAUUUAAAGGCAUCUCCAAAGGAUUGAUAUUUAUGUCUUUUCUUUAAAAGUGCAUUAUUAGGGUCCUCACUGGUGGUGCAAGGGGUUAAGACGCAAUCCAUGAAGCUAUCCGUGGCCACUGCAGCAUGAGUUCAAUCCCGGGCCAGGGAGCUUCCCACAUGGCACAGUAGGCCUCUCCUGGCUUGCCCUCUGCUCCUCUCAGCAGUGUAUUUCAGUCAAUCUGCCUGUUCUGUUCCCCACUCGGUCUCUUGUGAAUCCUCUCACCCCCCACGCCUCUGGUCUGUACCCCUAUUCUUGUAUGCAUAAAUAAAUAAAUCUUUUUUUAAAAGUACAUUAUUAAUGUUCAACAUCACUUGUAAUCAGGGAAGUGCAAAUCAAAACUACAAUGAGAUACCAUCUUACACCAGUGAAAA